AUGUUACCGAGUAGUCUUAAAAUGGUACAGUUUCAUACGAUACUUGUAGUUCUAAGUAUAAUUAUAGUUAUUUCCAUAGCUGCACCGAUAUUCGAAAAUGAGGACUCCGAAAACGAGGGUGAAUAUGGAGAGUAUUUCGAGGGUGAUAUGUUGCUGUCAAAGGCCCAACGAGAAGCCAUAUUGCAAGCAACAGACGGUAACGGUCGCAAUGGUCUACGGAAUGUAGCUAAACGCUGGCCGAACCGUACCGUCGUGUACCACAUCAACGAGGAAGACUUUGAUGAAGAACAUGUGCAAAAAAUUGAAGAUGCUCUAGCUGACAUAGCGAAUCAUUCGUGUAUCUCAUUCCGACCUAGAGAAAAGGAGGACGAACAUGCAGUGAUUAUACAAGGUACAAAAGGUGGAUGUUUUUCAAGCGUGGGCUUUAGCACCCCUAACGACGAAGGCGAAAUUCGUCAAGUACUGAACCUAGCCAAGGGUUGCUUCAAACACGGUACUGUGGUACACGAGAUGCUGCAUACUAUUGGAUUCUAUCACAUGCAAAGUACUUAUGAUAGAGACGAUUUUGUGACUAUUCUAUGGGAAAAUAUAAAACCUGGUCACGAACACAAUUUCGCAAAAUACAGCAAUGACACUGUGACUGACUUUGGAGUCCCUUAUGAUUACAACAGUGUAAUGCACUACACGGAGAAAGCAUUCUCUGUGAAUGGCAACAACACCAUUGUCCCAUUAAAGGAAAAUGUUACUAUUGGCCAGAGGAUGGGAUUAUCAGAAAGCGAUAUAUUGAAACUAAACAAAAUGUAUUGUGAAGAAAACGACGAAAAUGAAGUUAUGUUGAUUGAGAAUAUCGACGAGAUAGCGUUUUCAUGUGAAUGA